AUGGCGGAAACAAUUGGAAAAGAGCAAGGCGCGACUGCCACUCAGAUUGAAAAGGGCAACCUCGAAUACACCAAAUUCGAUCAAGCCGAUCUCCACGACAAAGUUCUCAAUGCCGAAGCUCGACAGGCCACAGCCAAUGAGCACUCAUUGACUCUGGUACAAGCUCUGAAGACUUACAAGAGAGCCGCCUUCUGGUCUGUCCUCAUCUCCACCACUGUCAUCAUGGAAGGCUACGACGUUACCCUUUUGAGUUCCUUCUUCGGCUACCCUGCCUUUAAGAGAAAGUACGGCGCAUACCUCAAUGAAGAGUCGGGUUACCAAAUCAGCGCGCAGUGGCAGACGGGCCUCAACGACAUCAGCGCCGUCGGCAACGUGAUUGGCGCCCUCUUGAACGGCUGGCUCACGGCCAAGUACGGGCACCGCAAGGUCAUCAUGAGCAUGAUGGUUUUCCUUUCCGCCUUUAUCUUCAUGACCUUUUUCGCGCCCACCAUUGAGGUCCAGCUGGUCGGUCAGUUCUUUUGCUCGAUUCCCUGGGGUGUCUUUGCCACUACCGGCCCCGCGUACGCUGCCGAGGUUGCACCGCUGGCCCUGCGAGGCUAUCUGACGGCGUAUAUCAAUCUUUGCUGGUGUAUCGGCCAGUUCAUCUCUGCCGGCGUCCUGGUGGGCCUCGUCAACAACCCGACCGACUGGAGUUACCGCAUCCCCUUUGCCGUGCAAUGGGUCUGGCCGAUCCCGCUCUUCAUUGCGGCGUGGAUGGCCCCCGAGUCUCCUUGGUUCCUGGUGCGGACCGGCCAGCUCGAGAGGGCGCGCCGCUCGCUCGAGAGGCUGUCGGAGCCGUCCCACAAUGUCGACUACGACGCCUCGAUUGCCCUUAUGGUCCACACCGACAAGGUCGAAAAGGAGGAGCGCGCCGGCGUCACGUACUGGGACGCCUUCCGGGGCACGAACCUGCGCCGCACAGAAAUCGCUUGCAUGGCCUUCCUCUCGCAAAUCACGGAUGGCGGUAUUCUCUGCUACAGCGGGUCCUUCUUUUUCCAGCAGACGGGCAUCAGCGACGACACGUCGUACGCCAUUGGCCUCGGCGGCACGGCGAUUGCGUUUUGCGGCGUCAUUGUGUCGUGGCUGUACAUUGCCAAGUGGGGCCGCCGCACCAUCUGGCUGGCCGGCUUCACCGUCCUCGUCGUCGUGCUCUUCCUCAUUGGCAUCCUCGCCUGCGUCCCGGACCAGACCCCGGCGCUGGCCUGGGCGCAGUCUUGCCUCACCCUCGUCUGGCUCGGCGCCUACUCCAUGAGUGUCGGUCCCAUUGUCUACACCAUUGUCGCCGAGAUUGGAUCGACGCGUCUCCGGACGCAAACCGUCGUGCUCGGCAGGUCCACGUACUAUGUUGGUAAUAUCAUCGCUGGUGUCCUGCAGCCGUACUUUAUGUCGCCAACGGCCUGGAAUGCCAAGGGGAAAACUGCAUUCUUCUGGGGCAGCUUGUCCUUCUUGACCACUGUCUGGGGAUACUUCCGUCUUGCAGAGACAAAGGACCGUACCUUUGCCGAGUUGGACUUUCUGUUCCAAAAGGGCAUCCCAGCCAGGAAGUUCGCAAGCUACCAAAUCGACCAGGAUGAAGAAUUUUUGAGUCAUGAGGCUAGACAUUGA